CUGCACUUUUUCUCACCCUCCUUUCUCUAUACUGCACGACCACGCUGGUCGCACAUACAAAAAUGUCGAAAAUAUUUACCCCAACAAAUCAAAUCCGGUUAACAAAUGUAGCUGUUGUACGAAUGAAGAAAGGUGGCAAACGUUUCGAGAUAGCCUGCUAUAAAAAUAAAGUCGUCUCAUGGAGAAACAAAGUUGAAACGGAUCUGGACGAGGUUCUUCAAGCUAGAACGGUAUUCACUAACGUUUCGAAAGGACAAGUAGCGAAAAAGGAAGAUCUGGUUGCAAGUUUUGGCACCGAUGAUCAAACUGUCAUUUGUCAAGAAAUUCUUGCUAAAGGAGAGCUUCAGGUGUCAGAGAAAGAACGACAUGUGCAACAAGAUUCUAUGUUAAAGGAAAUUGCCACGAUGGUGGCUGACAAGUGUGUUAACCCUGAAACAAAAAGGCCAUAUCCUGUAUCCAUGAUUGAGAAAGCCAUGAAGGAUGUUCAUUUUUCUGUCAAGCCUAACAGAAAUUGUAAACAACAGGCCCUUGAGGUUAUAAAAAUGCUGAAAACUCAAAUGCCUAUUGAAAGGGCACACAUGAGGUUGAAAAUAACUGCUUCGAAAGAGGGUAGGAAGCUGAAAGAAAAACUGGUGAAGUUGUGUACCAGUAUUGAAUCUGAAGAAUGGGAAGACAGUACACUUAUUAUGGUAUGUCUGAUUGAUCCGGGUAAUUUUCGCGAAAUUGACGAUCUGGUCAGAUCCGAAACGAGAGGUCAAGGACACAUGGAUCUCCUUAACUUAAAGGAAGUAACAGAAGGAGAAGAAAUGGUAGAAUAAUACAUUUCCACGAUAACUUAUGUUAAAAAGAAAAAUAUACAAUUUUUUGGUGUCCGCAGUGGCCUUACCUAUUCAAAA